AUGGAUAUCAGACUGAUGGGAUUAGAAAAUCCACUCUUUCACACUCUCCACCACAUGAUGGAUCUCCAUGCGGAUGAUUCAGACAAGUCGAAUAACGUCCCAUCGAGGAAUUACCUGCGCGACGCUAAGGCCAUGGCAGCGACACCAGCGGACAUUAAGGAAUACAAAAACUCGUACGUCUUCAUAGUGGACAUGCCUGGUUUGAAGUCAAGCGACAUCAAAGUGCAAUUAGAGGAUGGCAAUGUGCUUAUAAUUAGUGGGGAGAGCAAAAGAGAAGAAGAAAAAGAAGGGGCGAAAUAUGUUAGAAUGGAAAGAAGAGUAGGGAAAUUCAUGAGGAAAUUUUUGUUGCCUGAAAAUGCAAAUACAGAUGCCAUUUCUGCAGUUUGUCAAGAUGGUGUAUUGACUGUGACGGUAGAAAAGUUGCCUCCACCUGAGCCAAAGAAGCCCAAAACUGUUGAAGCUAAAGUUGCUUGAAGUGAUGGGAGGGAAAAUAGGAGUGUUCUGUUUAUGAUUUUGGAAUAUAAUAUGCAAUAUUUUAUUGUCCCCAGUUUUGUUUGUUUUCCUCAUGGA